AUGAUGUGGGAAGUGUCUUUAUCCCUGGUUAGUUUAGUGAAAGUAUCUCUUGUGAGCAGUGAGAACAGUAUGCUUGCCCAUCUGCGGUCUUCUAAUGCAGGAACCAUGAGAUUUUUUAUCAACGAUACUCAUCAUUCAACAGUACUCCAGGGUUUUGACCAGCUUCGAACAGAAGGUCUGCUCUGUGAUGUGACGCUGGUUCCAGGAGAUGGAGACGAAGCCUUUCCUAUUCAUAGGGCAAUGAUGGCAUCAGCUAGUGAUUACUUCAAAGCCAUGUUCACAGGUGGGAUGAAAGAACAAGACUCAACGUGCAUUAAGCUUCAUGGGGUGAACAAGAAAGGUUUAAAGGGGAUCAUAGAUUUUAUUUAUACUGCCAAACUUUCUCUAGAUAUGGACAACGUUCAGGACACUUUAGAAGCAGCCAGCUUUUUACAAAUCUUGUCGGUGCUGAAUGUUUGCAAACUAUUUCUUAUAUCUGAGGUUUCCUUAGAAAAUUGUACCGAAGUGGGGCAGCUUGCCAAGAUGUACAACCUCACCGACGUGGAUCAAUACGUGGACAAUUUCAUCCUUGAGAACUUUCCUGUCUUGUUAAGGACUGGCGAGUUUGUGCAACUUCCCUUUGAGCGUCUAGCCUUUGUCCUCUCGAGCAACAGCCUGAAACACUGCACGGAACUGGAACUCUUCCAGGCUGCCUGUCACUGGCUGCGUGCUGAGGAGCCACGGAUGGAACAUGUAACAAAGCUCAUGAACCACAUCCGGUUCCCCCUGAUAACCCCGGAAGAUCUCCUCAACCACGUGCAGACGGUGGAUUUCAUGAGGGCUGACGUCACAUGCUUGAAUUUGCUCCUGGAGGCCAGCAACUACCACAUGAUGCCCUACAUGAAGCCUCUUCUGCAGUCGGCAAGGACAGCCAUCCGCUCAGACAGCACCCACCUGGUCACACUGGGUGGAACGCGGUGGCAGCAGCAGCAGGUCUUGGUCAGUAAGGAGCUGUGGAUAUAUGACAACAGAGCAGAGAAGUGGUGGUUUCUGGAGCCCAUGGAAGCGCCCAGGUGCCAGCACGGCAUUGCUGUGAUUGAGAACUUUCUUUAUGUUGCUGGCGGUCAAAGCCAUUAUGAUGCAGAUGGCAAGACGGCGGUUGACACAGUGUUUAGGUUUGAUCCUCACCAUGAGAAGUGGAUGCAAGUGGCUUCUUUAAAUGAAAAGCGAACAGAUUUCCACCUAAGUGCCCUUAAAGGACAUCUGUAUGCAGUUGGUGGCCAGAAUGCACUUAGCGAAUUAGCCACGGUGGAGUGCUACAAUCCAAGGAUGAACAAAUGGAACUAUGUGGCCAAAAUGAAUGAGCCUCUCCGGGUCCACGCAGGGACUGUCUAUGGGAGCCUGAUGUAUAUUUCAGGAGGCGUUACCCAUGGUACUUUCCAUAAGGAACUCAUGUGUUUCGACCCUGAUACGGACAACUGGACUCAAAGGGCUCCAAUGAGUACAGUCAGAGGCUUUCACUGCAUGUGUACUGUUGGCGACAAACUGUAUGUCAUUGGUGGAGGCCACUGGAAAGGAACUAGGCAUUUUGAUAUUCUAAGCUGUGAAUACUACUCGCCAAGCCUAGACCAGUGGACAUCAAUUGCUGCUAUGCCCCAUGGUCAGCUUGAUGCUGGGGUGGCUGUGUUUGAAAAUAAAAUCUAUGUGGUUGGAGGAUCUUCAUGGAAUGACAACCAUAUGGUGCAAACAGUUCAGAAGUAUGACCCAGAAAAGGAUGAGUGGCACAAAGUUUUUGAUCUCCCAGAGUCCUCUGAGGGCAUACGGGCCUGCACACUGACAGUGUUCCCUCCCGAGGACAAUACAGGGUCACCUUCUAGAGAAUCUCCUCUUUCAGCACCUUGAGAAAUAUCACUGGACUCACAAGGUUGUCAUUCCAAUACUGUUGCACU